AUGUCAUCAGGGAUCCAGUCGUUGUUGAAGACAGAGAAGGAGGCAGCGGAGAUCGUCAACGAGGCCAGAAAAUACAGGACAAACAGGUUGAAGACAGCCAAGCAAGAUGCGCAGCAAGAGAUUGAAGCCUACAAGAAACUGAAGGAAGAAGAACUACAAAAAUACGAAAAGGAGCACGAAGGGAUCAAUGAAAAGAUCGACAAGGAGGCCGAUGCUGAAGUUGAGCAGGAGUUGAAGAGCUUGAAGGAACAGUUUGAGAAGAAGAAGCAGGAUGUCAUUAAGCUCUUGGUUGAUGCAACCAUUACUUCCCACCCUCAAUUGCACAUCAACGCAGCAAAGUAA